AUGCGUUUGCCUGCAAAUCUUCAGUAUCUUUACAAAUCGAUGACACCUCGAUAUCCUAAAUGGCAACCAGGUGAUCCUACACAUCGAAUAUUUUUUCCGCAAUUUUGGAUGCGAAUCGUAAGACCAGAAGAAAACCGUCCAUUGAGACACAACGUCGUUCGAUUUGAAUGUCAUAUUGAAAUGACGAAAAAUGACAUCAAACAAUAUUUAGAAAAGCUUUAUAAGAUUGAAACAUUGGAUAUAACAACAAUUAUCAAGCAAGGCAAAGAAAAUCGUCAUCCAGUCUCAUCAGAAAUCAUCGAUCCCGAUCCAGAUCGAAAGUUCGCUUAUGUAUUCUUGAAAAACGAAACAUUCACCUAUCCGGACAUAUGGCGUGGUCAAAAGCCAUCGGAUGAGUUCGUCAAAGAUGAACGACGCAUGCAAACUGCUAACGAGAAACAAAAAGCAACGAAUCUUUAUCGACCUGGUCUAUCAACAUGGUUUCGUUAA